AUUUGGUUAUGUGCAAUAUAAACAAAAUUGUGUUAGUAUUAUACAUAACAAAUUUCAAUAUUAUUUUAUUUUAAAAUGCUUAUAUAUAACUCCUUUAUUAUAUUUGUUCAUUUAAAAAGUGUGAAUUUCUAGACCCAGGUUCUAGAACAUAUUAUUUAUUACUGAUAAAAAGAUGAGUAGACGGAAAAAAGUGAGACUCGAUUUUAAAGAAACUGAAGAAAAAAACAACAUUUGUGAUGAGGAGAAUACAGAGAAGUCGAAAAUUCAAAAUUCUGAUAAAAAACUCAACCCUGGUCCCAGCACAUCUAAAUAUACCAAAAAAGAGGAGAUAAAAGCAGACGAAGAAAAAAAUAAUGAUCCCGAAUCUGAAUUAGACGAUCCUGUUAUUAAAGGUUUAUUUUCUGGUUUAGAAGGUGCAGCUUUUCAAAGUCGCAUGCCUUUUGAUAAAUUAACUUCUAUUGAAGCUGCUUGUUUUCCAGACAUAGCUAACGGGACCUUACAAACAAUGAGGGUAUUUUUGAAUAUAAGAAAUCGCAUUCUUUACCUGUGGUUAGAAAAUCCCAAGCAACAACUUAUUAUAGAACAUGUGCUUGAAAAAAUGGAACGGCCAUAUAACAGUGAUUCGCAGUUAGUAAAAAGAGUUCAUGCAUUCUUAGAAAGAAAUGGAUUCAUUAACUAUGGUAUAUUCAAAAGGUUGAAGCCCAUUCCUUCAAAAAAAUAUGGAAAAGUAAUAGUCAUUGGUGCAGGUAUUGCUGGUUUAGCAGCAGCACAACAGUUACAACAAUUUGGUUUGGAAGUUAUAGUGCUGGAGUCAAGGGAUAGGGUUGGAGGACGGAUUGCAACAUUCAGAAAAGGGAAUUAUAUUGCAGAUAUAGGUGCUAUGGUAGUAACUGGUUUGGGCGGGAACCCCAUCACUACCCUAAGCAAACAAAUUGAUAUGGAAUUGCAUCGUAUUCGCCAAAAGUGUCCUUUAUACCAAUCAAAUGGGGUCACUGUAGAUAGAGACAAAGAUGCAAUGGUAGAGAGAGAAUUCAAUCGUCUGUUAGAAGCUACCUCAUAUUUGUCUCAUCAGUUAGAUUUCAAUUAUGCUGGAAAUAAACCAGUAAGUUUAGGACAAGCUUUAGAAUGGGUUAUCAAAUUACAAGAAAAGUAUGUAAAAGGAAAUCAAAUAAAGCACUUGAAAAGUGUGAUAGCUUUGCAGGAUAAAUUGAAAGUUAACCAACAAAUGAUGGUAAAUAUAAAAGAAUUGAUGAAAGAAUAUAAAAAUGUUGUUGAAGAAAUGGCAGCCAUAGAAAAACGAAAUAUUGAAGAACAAUUUGCUUAUGCUAGCAGUGUAAAAGAUUUGAAAGAUUUAGCCAAUAAGUGGGAUGCUCUAUCAAAUCAAGCAAAAGAAAUUGAGAAAAAAUUAGAAGAACUUGAGAAAUCUAAACCAAGUGAUGUUUAUUUAUCAUCAAAAGACAGACAGAUAUUAGACUGGCAUUUUGCUAACUUAGAAUUUGCUAAUGCGACACCUCUUUCAACCCUUUCACUAAAACACUGGGAUCAAGAUGACGAUUUUGAGUUUACUGGCAACCACUUAACAGUACGAAAUGGAUAUUCUUGUGUUCCUGUUGCUUUAGCGGAAGGACUUGAUAUCAAAUUAAAUGCAGCUGUCAAAAAAGUUGAAUACAAUAACAGAGGUGUCGAAGUAACUGUAUAUAACCCAGGAAAUCCAUCAAAUACCAACACUUAUCACGCGGAAGUAGUUCUAUGUACUUUACCUUUAGGAGUUCUUAAAUUAAGUGCAGUACCUUCAAGCAAUCAAUUAAAUACUGUACAAUUCUCUCCUCCUCUUCCCGAUUGGAAAACAUCAGCAAUUCAACGCUUAGGGUUCGGAAAUCUUAACAAAGUGGUUUUGUGCUUUGAAAGGAUAUUCUGGAACCCACAAGCUAACCUCUUCGGUCACGUUGGUAGUACUACGGCGAGCAGAGGUGAAUUAUUCCUUUUUUGGAAUUUGUACAAAGCUCCUGUAUUGCUCGCCUUAGUGGCUGGUGAGGCGGCUGCCAUUAUGGAGAAUGUUACUGAUGAUGUAAUAGUUGGACGAUGUAUUGCCGUGCUACGCGGAAUAUUUGGACAAUCGGGAGUGCCUCAACCAAAAGAAACUGUUGUUACAAGAUGGAGAGCUGAUCCAUGGUCCAGAGGUUCCUACAGUUUUGUAGCUGUCGGCAGCUCUGGAAGUGAUUACGAUCUGCUGGCUUCACCAGUAAUACCACCUAAUGAACACGGUAUUUCUGUAACAUCGGGGCCGGCGCGGCUAUUUUUUGCGGGUGAACAUACAAUAAGAAAUUAUCCUGCCACUGUGCACGGGGCGUUCUUAAGCGGACUUCGAGAAGCAAGUCGUAUUGCCGAUCAAAUUAUCGGCAAUCCAUGUCAACCUCAAUCUGCAGAAUAGUGCUUGUAAUUUAAGGAUAUAUUGUGAGUAAUUUAUUUAUUUAAUUACAUUAUAACUAGUAUUGAAUUGUAUCAAAUUAAAAUGAUUAAACUAUGUACACAUAUUAA